AGUCGGGAUAUCCAGGCAGACGACGUGCAGGAGCAGCAGGGCUGGGUUGUGUUGCGACAUUUUACCUUUUUUAACCUGUAAUUAGACGGUCCACGCUGCUCACCUUCACCCACAAGCAAGCAGUGCCAUGAGGAGUGUAUCCAAGCCAAGAAAAUAAUUAUAAUGAGAAAAAUAAUUGGAUAAGAAUAUGCACAAACACAACCCAACACUGUGAUUGGCCAGUAGAAUAAGACCUUAAUUCUGAUUGGUCUACAUCAGUGCUUAGAUAUCCAAAACCUUCUGUGAAUAAUCAAUAGAAGAAAAAACUCCAUCAUGUUUAGCCAAGGAAGACAUAUUAUUAGUUGACUGAAUAUAAUCAGUUAUUAAGAGUGAUUGGUCGACAGGAGGAAAAUUUUGCAGGAAGUCACUGUGUGUGCGUUUGUCUGCAUUUUUUCACUCUAUGUUUGUGCAACUGGCCUCAUGAUUAUGGAGGAGUUUGCCAUUGGUGCGUGUGUCUCAGAACAUUAAACGCACACGCAGACACAAGGCUGGCAAGGAGGAAAAGAAGAGGAUAGAAAAACUGGUGCUCCACACACACACCAAGAAUCAUUGUGACCCUAAGGAAAACAAGGGACCAAACAAUAUUGAAUAAAGAAAAAAAAACACAGCCACACAAACUAACCCAUCCAUAAACACACGCACUUACAAACACACAGACCCACAAACACCAACUCACACACCCAUCCUUAAACACACGCUUACAAACACACAGAUCCACAAACACUAACUCACACAGCCAUCCUUAAACACAAAGAAACACACACGCACACACACCACCAUUUACCGUCAGUUCAGGCGGUGGGUAGCCAUGGCCGACCACCAGGAGGACAACGACCCCUUUGAGGAGGACAUAGUGUUUGAUGAGGCCGGACUCCUUGGGGGGAAGAUGCCCCGCGCCCGCCGCCAGGCCACCGCGGGUUUCCUUCCGACCUUCAUGCUCUUCAUACGGACCGUGUUCCUGUGUGUCGCCUUCCUGGGCCUGGGUCUGUGUGUGUCGGUGAGUGGCGGUCCUCUCAUCAAGUUGGAAGUGAACGCUGGCAUUCCCGAGAGCACUGCAUUCCACGUCUUCACAGCCCGCUCAGUUGGCAUGCUGCUUGGUGGUGCUCUUGGCUCUGUUCUCUUUGAAGUGUACAACCGCCAGUUCCUCCUGUCGGUGAGCCUGCUCUGGGUGGCAGCGUGUGUGACAGUCCUCCCCUUCACAGUGCCCGCAGCCCUCUGGUGGACACUGGCAUCAACGGCAGCAUUAGGGACUGGCCUGGCAUUUCUCUUUACUGGGGGCAACGUGCUGUGUCUGGACCUGUGGGGAAGGAAACAAGGGGGAGCAGCACUUCAGGCACUCCACUUCAGCUUCUCCUUGGGUGCCUUGGUUGUGCCUCUUGUUGUGCAGCCGUUCCUCACCAACCUCCAACCUCUGAACGCCACCCUCGCCACAAACCUCACCACCGCCACCUUUCCCCCAACCACAACAGAGCCCGUCAUCGCCCAGAGAGUAGGUCGAGCACUAGAGCCAGAAAGGAGUGAGGCACCAAGGGAUUUAUCCUCGAGGAAGAUAAUGUCGGAUAAGGAGUUGCUGCGCCUCACAAUGCCAGCAAAGGAGAGUGCAGCAUCAGCCUCUUUGACAUCUUCAUCCACUUCCCUCAUCUUAAAUGCCACCUCCACUCCAUUUGAGAGUCUAUUAGCUUCUCUAUCAUCCACCGCUUCAUCCACUACCACUACUACUACCGCCAAGCCACGAAAGAAGAAGCCACAGUACACGGAUUCUUCACAUCUUGCCCCAGACGUGAAUGGUACCCCAUGGGUCAAACCAUCAGCUGGUCAGCCGACACCUUUACCACCUCCACCACCACCAGCGACUACUCCUGACACCACCCUCCCCACUACCACUACUACUACCCUCACUACAACUCCAGCACCAACAACAAUAUUAAAGGACUUGCAGGAUACUAGUGGGAAUGGGUCAGUCGCUUCCACUGCAUCUGCCUCCACCACUAAUAACACCAACUCCGCCAUUGUUGCCACUAAUGCCACUGCAGACAUCCAGCCCCUUGCCAGUCAGUCAGAUGUCCCCACCUCUGUCAUUGCUGCUGCUGCCUCCUCCACUGCCUCUCCUAACCCAUCCACUGCUGCCACUACUCCACCUUCCACUACAACUGUGACUCCUAGUACCACCACCACCACCACUACUACUACUACUACUACUCCACCCCCUACAACCACAACCACCAUCGCUCCUACUACUACUACUACACCCCCGACCACCACUACUACUACUACCACCACAACCACUACAACCACCACCACCACCAAACCUCCCUUACCAGUCACACAACCCACCACUACUUCCACUACUACCACCACACCUAUCACCACUACCUCCACCACCACCACAGCCAGCCAUUUCCGCCUCGUGCCAGUGCUGGUGAAAGAUGAGGGCAAUGUUGGUGCUGCAGACAUGGAGGGUGAUGGUGGUGGUGGCAGGGGCAUGGAGAUGCUCUUGCUCACCUCUGAUAUGGGAGAGGACUAUGAGCGGCCUGCUAGCGGUGGCAGUGGGCCUGGGCCGCUGAAACCUGGGACGUUCAGCAAUGCCAGUGACGACAAGCCACGCUUCCUGGAACACAUGGCACAGAGCCUCGGUGACUACGGUGUGACGCGUGUGCACCUGGCCUACAUCAGCAUUGGCAUCCUGGUGGUGGUGGAUGCCCUGGUGUCUGUGGUGGUGCUGUGCCACCACCCCCGCGAGGCACGCUCCAGGCAGGAGGGUGGGCCUAUGGGCUCAGCACGGCCUGCCCGUGCCCUGCUCUUCACAGUAAUUUUCUCUGCAUUCAUGUUUGUUGCGGAGGCCUUGCAAGGGGCGCUACACCACCUGCUGGCCAGCACAGGGGGGCCCUCAGGGCUACCGCUGACCUGGGGCGGGGAGGGCGAAGGGCCAGAUGGGCAGGUGGUGUUCUGGGGUUUGGUUUGCCUGGUCCGCUUUCUCUGUGUGCCUGCUGCCAGCUGCCUUGGCCCACGGCCGGGCAGGCUGCUGGUGGCAGCCGUGUUCUUUGAAGUGGCAGGCGGCGCCUUCCUGGUGGUGGGUGCACCGGGGCGGCCAGACUUUGCAUGGGCAGGUGUGGUGUUCCUGGCAGUGGGUGUAGCCCCAGUGCUGCCCACCAGCCUGCUGUGGAUGGCCCAGUACAUGCGAGUGACGCACCGCCUGUGUGCCCUCAUGGUGGUGGUGGCCUCCUUCGGCAACACACUCACGCACUCCCUGCUGGCGGAGGCAGCGUCCCACCCCUCCACCUACGCUUACCUGGUGCUGGGCCUGGCCCUAGCCUCGGCCUGCCUGUUAGGGGUCUCUGUAUGUGCCGUGCAUGCUGGCCACCAUGCAGACAACAUGGCACCUGUGGGUUACCAGCUGGCCAGCCAACACGAGGAGGACAACCUUGAGUUGACGCCCUCUGCCAGUGUCGUGUUCACCCCCGCUGACGCCGGCAACCAUGAGGGGGGCGAGGCAGGCCAGGCGCUGCUUAUUGACUAACUGCCAGGUGCACGUACACACACACACACACAUGCCAUAAGUGUCUAGUAUUAAAGCACAAGGGGGCCACGCCCCAGGCUGGCCCCCACGCUGCAGUGUUCACGCCAAGCAAGCCUUCUGCCGCUCAUCCCCUCAUCCACUCAGCUCUUCUUCCUUCUCUCGUCAAUGUUCCCACUUGUCCCACCGAGGAGGGAGUGUAACCAGGUAUUAAUGAGUAUGGGAAAGGAUCUGUACAGACACCCUUCAACCUGUGCUAACACCCUAUAGUCUAACCCUUUGCCUCUCUCCCUCAUUCACACUGCCUAUUGUUGCCCUUCCCUCUCACACUAUAUAGCCUUCACACACCUCCCUUCCUUGCCCUGUGUCACACUAGCUACCAGCCAUCAAUUGUGCUCCUCUGGCCCAGCUCUGCCCUUCCAGCUCACUGCCUGCUGUCCUUUCUCCUCCGGGAUACACGCAGCUAUUGUGUUUAGUAAUGUGCCAUCCUGUCCCCCCUCCCCAUGUGUGUGUGUGUGUGUGUGUGUGUUUGAGAGAGUUAUUUCCUACUUAUCAAAAUUAUUCCCAACAAACUACUCCAUGUGAUUUACUUUUUAAAAUGUGGAAACCUGUGCCAUUCCAUCCCUCUGAGCUCCUCCUUGCCUUCAUCCCACUCAUCCCUCACGAUCGGUACGGUUGUGUUCGUCUUUCAGCAAUGUUCUGUGGUUUUGUAUCUAAGUUACAUUAUUUAUUUAUACACAUAUUGAUGGAUCUUAUUCAAUACUUAUGUUACCCAGUAGUGUGUAUAUAUUGUGUUUUAUCAUACUGUAUAUUUGAUUGGGUGUCCGUGUGUGUGUGUGUGUGUGUGUGUGAGAGAGAGCAGCUAGUCAUAGGUGUUGGUGAAGGUAAUUGUAUUGUAUAUAUGGAAAGAGAAAAAUUAGGGCCAGCGUCUUAAAUCAAACGUGUGUAAGAGAGAAAGAGUGUGUUUGUCCUGUGUAUGUUUGUCACGUCCCAGAUUCCACUAAGUGUCUGUUGUUCACCGUCCCAGCAUUUCCGUAGCCACAGCAACAAUAACACAACAACAACAACAGUAUCACGAGCAGGGUCAGUGUCUAUUUUGUAUAUCGUGAACAUGUAGUGUACAUAUAUAUAACAUGCCUCGUGAACCCCAGCGUACGUAGCUAUGUGUGAGGAAAGACGAAGACAGAUAAAAGGAAGGAAAAGAAAGGUGAUGCUGAUGAAGGAAGAUAGAAAAAAGGAAAAAGGAAAAAUGAUUGUGAAGAAGGAAAGGAAAAAUUUGAACAAGGAAAAAAUAUAAAGGAAGGAAAAAAAUGUUGAUUGUCAAGAAGGAAAAGAAAAAUUAGAACGAAGAAAUAUAAAGGAAGGAAAAGGACUGGGAAGUUGCAAUGCCUUAAGGUGUGGGAGAAGAGAUGAAAAGAGUGGAUGGAUAAUCAUAUUUUAGCAGAAGUGUGUCCAUAACAUUUUGAGAAGAGGAAACAAGUGGGUGGAUUAUGAUUUUUUUUUUUUUUAUAGCAUAAGUGCGUCCAUAACCUCUCAUUGAUUGAGUCUGGAAUAUUAUAAUGCUUCACUGAAAUGGUUAUAAUGUUGUAAAGGCGUGUGAGAGAAGAGUGGAAAAAAGUAAAAACCAGCAAGGUGUGUGUAGGAGUUUAAAAGGCAAAACAGCUCUUCAAAAAUGGUGUAUGAUUGUCAUUGAGGAAGAAGAGACGGUAACACACAAAGGAAAUUAUAAUAGAAAUGCGAAAUGUGACGUGGAAAGCUGGUUGGUAAUGUUUUAUUUAUUUAUUAUUAUUAUUAUUUUUUUUUUAUAUAUAGCAAAGGAUACGGCUCAAGGGCAACGAAAAAGGAUACACACACACAAAAAAAAGGCCCGCUACUCGCCAUUCCCACAAAAGUAAAAAGUAAAGAGUAGCCAGAAGAGAGGUCAAUUUCGGGUGAUUGAGAGUGAGGAAGCAUUAAUGAAAGAAGAGUGAGGAAGCAUCAAUGAAAGAAGAGUGAGGAACCAUCAAUGAAAGAAAAGUGAGGAAGCAUCAAUGAAAGAAAAGUGAGGAAGCAUCAAUGAAAGAAGAGUGAGGAACCAUCAAUGAAAGAAGAGUGAGGAAGCAUCAAUGAAAGAAGAGUGAGGAAGCAUCAAUGAAAGAAAAGUGAGGAAGCAUCAAUGAAAGAAAAGUGAGGAAGCAUCAAUGAAAGAAGAGUGAGGAAGCACCAAUGAAAGAAGAAAGUGGUUAUUGGCUUAUUGCUUCUCAUGGGUACAAACUCCUAAGGGAAGCACAUGAUAACUAAAAGGAAUUAAUAUGAUGCUGAGAUGAUUGACAGUUCACACCUUUGCCUCAGCCGAUAAAGAGCUCGAGGUGAACCUAAACGGCCAUCCAGGAAUGAUAAUAACUACUACCUAGCGUGUAUGUAUAGUUUGUGUUUCCCACGUGCAGGUUGUGAGAUGUUUGUCGAGUCUUAGCUUCGUGUCAUGAACUGAAAUACUCGUCCUGUCCCUUUAUAACGUUAAAGGUACUCGUUAUGUAGCUAGAAAAUGAUAUGGUGAAUCUGGAAAAGGCGGGGAAUUGCAAAACUAGUGUAGAAAUGGUGGUUUAGGAGACGAUUGUUUAUGCGGGGGACACAUGGCUGGUAUUACAAGACCUUGCCAUAUCACAUCAGCUAUUUCUAAAGGUCAAAGAGGGGGAUCAAUCGGGUUCUAAUGAGUGUUUCUUUAGGUUCAUGGUACAGAAGAAGGGUCAGACUACCACCAGGGUCUUAAAACUACCCCUGGAAAUGCCCACAACUCAUACGAAAGCCUUGUCAAAUAUGUGUUCUUGGGCGGCGAAUUGUCUCAUAAUACGACCCGAUUCAAGUGUCGGAACAUUGGUUAAAACUGAACGUAUCGGUGGGUGCUAACGUUGGAAUCAGUGUGUGUGUGUGUUGAGGAUAAUACUGUGUCCUAGACGGGAAGUAUCAUGGAGGCGUGAAGCACAUGUGUUGAGAAAGAUGUCUGCACCUUACUCUGUUAUAACCUUUCCGUGUGGCAAGUCAUAAGAGUGGAGGGAGAGGAAGGACAAGAAAGGAAGGGAGGGGAGUGGAUAGAAGAUGGACUAUAUGAUGGGGGGUUCAGAAUGGAGGAUUAGGAAGGGAAAGAUGGGGUGGGGGAUGAACUAGUGUGUGGUGAUGGGGAAGGGAGGGGUUAAGGGUAGAUAAUGAAGAAAGGAGAGAUGGAGUGAGGAGAAGAAUUGACGGGGGAUGAGAGUGGAAAGAGAGGCAGGAGGAGAAGGGAGUCGGGGAUGAACUAGCAGGAAGGGGGUGAGAUUGAAGAAUAGGGAAGGAAAAGAGGGGUUGAGAUCUUAACUAGCGGGGGAGGAGGGGUUAAGGAGGAUGGAUGAACUAGUGUUGGGGGAGGGGGGGUAAGAGUAGAAAAUGAGGAAAGGGAGGAGGGGUUGAGGAGGAGGGCAGUGGAGAGAAAAAAGGAAAAAAAAAGGGGAUGUGGGAGGGAGAACAAGGAAUUAACGAAGACGACUUGCCACACGGAAAUCAACUCAGUCACUCACAAACUUAAGAGCAAGGUGGAUCACUAUUCUCUCUGCAACUGUACAGGUGUUGAAUGAGCUUACGCGUGCACCUGUGUCGUCCGCCGGCCAGGUGAGACUCGUCCACGGCCCGACCCAGCAUGUACGAGAGAAGUAACGAUGAUGGUGGUCAGGGAGAGUGAAAUGUCGAGGGUUACGGGUGUGAAGAGCUUACUGUAUCGUGCAAAUAAAUAAUGGAUAUGAUGAUUUA